CAUGGUAGCCGGAGCCGCUAGCUGCAGGCUCUAGUGGCUGAGAUCUCAAAAGUAUUUCUGCGAGGGCCCAGGCGCGGCUGCUGCUUCAGAGCCUUGAUUACGAUCUCCGGAGCCCAGCCGCCGCUCUCUGUGGGGAGAGAGGCCACCCAGCCCGGGUCUUACUUUAGGAGCCCUCCCAUGGCUUCCCAGGAGAGUGUGGAGACGGUGACUAAAGGAACAGGGUUCUGGCGCUGUCCCAAGCCGACUACUUACACCCCAGGGACCUGCGAGCUGCUCAGAGUGAUGAUGAAGGAAUCCAAACUGACUAACUUCCAACAGCGCCACAUCAUGGACACCAUUAAACGAGGAGACACUCUCCCUCUGCAGUGCAGCCCAACUUCCAGCCAGAGGGUCUUGCCUUCCAAGCAGCCAAGCUCAGCCAUCUACCUGCCUCCCAUCCUGGCAGCCCGGUCCCACCUCCGGCCUGCCAGGAGGUGCCAAGCCAACGGGGCCUACAGCCGGGAGCAGUUCAAGCCUCAAGCCACCCGGGAUCUGGAGAAGGAGAAGCGAAGACUCCAGAAUAUCUUUGCCAACGGGAAGAAGCCAGAGGAACGGAAAAGAAAGCCCCCUCCCGUGCGACAGGAGGACCCAGCCCCUGAGCUGGACCGCUUUGAAGAACUGGUGAAGGAAAUUCAGGAGAGGAAAGAAUUCCUGGCUGACAUGGAGGCCCUGGGGCAGGGCAGACAGUACCGUGGGAUCAUCCUUACUGAAAUCUCCCAGAAACUACAGGAAAUGGAAGACAUUGACCACAAGAGGAGUGAGGAACUUAGGAAAGCUCUUGCCACCACUUAACCUACCACUCGCCCCUGCUCCCCGCCCCAAGGAGGGCGGGGGAGCCCACCCCCUUGCCAAGCAGGGUCACCCCCACGUCAGCCCACCCACUCUGCCCUUCAGCCAUGGAAAUGGUUGUAUAACACUGCCCCCACCUACGGUACCCUGGACACAGCGCCCUAGAAAAUGGACCACAUCUCAGAAAAUGAGCUGAUUCUCCUCCAGACUCUGCCCAGGGAUCUGGGGUCAGCUGAGCCUCUGAGACCAGUCACAGAUCCAGACACCCACACACACACACAUACACACACGCACGCACGCACGUACACACGCACGCACGCACGUGCACACACAGUGAAAGCAAGUCCAGGUCUUAACCACCUUGGGUGUGUGUCUAAGGGUGUCCACCGGGGCCUCUUCCCAACGCUUCGCCCACUGUGUGUCCCUGUGUCCUGCACAUUAGGUUUUCUGAACUUAGUAAUGAAUAUGAUUCCUUUCUUCCUACCCGUCUUAGGACCUACUUAUUUGACUUCUUACAGUCUUGGACAAAUAUUUAACCACUAUGAUUAACUGGCUUAUAAAACACAUUUACUGUAGGUCAUUACACACACUAUUUUGUUUUCAGAGGGAUAAGGCUUAUUUGUUCAAGGAGUCAGAAUUUUUCAAGCCCAGUUGGUUUCUAGCUGUUUUUUUCCAGUAAAAAUGGAACCAAGGCUCCGGGAGCAGCCCAUGGGCGGGUGCUGUGCU